UCCCGAUCCGAGCGUACUCAUACUCCGGCCACCGUGGGUAUCGGACCGAGUGAUCGAUUGUUCCGCUCGAAGUCGACGAAGCUCUAGUGUGUCAUCAUGGCCAACGUGCGCAUCCUCUGCAGGCCGUCCGGCUUCCUGAAGCUCCUGCAGAUCGCUAUCUGCCUCACCUGUUUGGGGCUGAUCCGGCACUACGGGCUGGUGUUCGGAGUCGGCCUAGACCGCCAGCUGGUCGGCACCAUCGCCUUCGGCGGCAUGGUUCUGGUGACGGUGCCGCUGCUGGUCGCACUUGUGGCCGGCGAGAUUGCCAUCGAGAAGUCGUUCCUGGAGACUAUCUACAAUAUCGUCGGUUUCAUCAUGAUGAUCACCGCCGGCAUCAUGGCUCUGGAGACUUACAGCCCGGGGGACGACAAACGCCGUGACGCCGGACUGGCGAUGGGCUCACUGGGUAUCAUUAAUGCCUUCAUCUACCUCGUCGAUGCCUUCGUCGCCUUCCGCCUGAAGCGCACCUAGGCGUCUGGUGGGACUGACUGCGACAGUGACGCCGCCCUGCCGCGACAGUGACGCCGCCCUGUCGCGACAGUGACGCCGCCCUGCUGCGACGGUGGCGCCGCGUCGCGUAAAGCUUCGCUUACGGUCCGUUGGCGUCGCUGCUCGUCGUCGGCUCGUGCGACAGCGCUGACCGACACGGACGGAGGGCGUAUGUUUCUGGCGGGACCCGAGUCAUUUGUGUGAUUCUGCCAGCUAAGCCAGUCCUGCCUGAAAGGAUCCGCAGUAGCCCGGAGCUGCACGGCCGCUGCUUGAUCGGCGUCGUUUAGUUCUGGAGGGUACUUGGACGUGGACUCACCGUUGUCUUACUUUGUCACAGGUCUUACAAAUGCUUGUACUUGAUUUUUUGUGAGGCGCACUGAUUGUCAAUUAAACUGUUGGAGGGAGUUAAGUCAUUUUCUGCGAAAAUCGCGUUUUUAUGCUGAGGCUUUUUCGGACGGAGAAAAUAGUAUAUAGGAAUGUCUAAACAAAACGUGAAGGCUGAACUCGUGUUAGACCGUUGUCUUACUUUGUCACAGGCUUUUCAAAUGUUUGCACUUCAUUUUUUCUUCAUACGGCGUACUGAUUGCCAAUUUGGCUGUUGAUAGGAACUGUUCUGCAAAAAUUCACGUUUAGUUAUGCUGAGGUUUUUUCGGACAGAGAAAACAAAACACAGGAACGUCUAAACAAAACGUGAAGGCUUGACGUCUGUUAGAAAAAAUGUUUUUUCACACAUCAUUGUCGUGUUAAUUUUUGUAUUUCACCAAACAUCAUGGGGUAUGGUCCCUUUGAUUUCCAUUUCCCAUACCUGUGGAAGUAAUUAUGCCAAAGUACACGCACGUUAAAUGGACCACAAUUCCCUGGGCUAUUUCGAAUGGUACAAAUUGUUGUUAACGAAUAGCUGGAAGAUUUUAAGUUGAACAUAGGUGGCAGUUAACCGGAUGUGGAUGCGGAAGGGCAAAUGUUUUAGUUCGUACCUAACACGGUCAGAGGAGCCGAUUCGAAGCAAAAUAACGAGCAUGUGGCACGUCUCAUGUGUGUUACAUACACCUAACAUUACGGUGAUAAACUCUAAGAAAUCAGGAAGGCUGCACUGAUUAAUGCUCUUCGAAAGCUGAACAUUCGAACCUAGCCGGACACAAUGCGUCUAGUUGCGUGUGCUGUCGGUGGUGGUGAAGUUGGCACUUGUGGCCUCGUCCCGCGACCACUCUGCGCGCAGCCGGAGGCGUCUGCGUUCUGAGCUAUUGCCCUGCCAUUCUUCACCCGGAGCCGACGUCACCUGAGCGGGUGACGUCACCUGAGCCCACACGUGCGCUGGUGCGGUAGCCGUCUGGGUCAACCUGACGGCGGCAGCUGUUGUGGUUGCGCGACGACGAAGAGAACCCCCCCCCCCCCCUCCACCCCCACUCGAACGCUGCCGAGAGCGGAUGGGCCAGGACCUGAGGUGCGCAUGCGUUCGAAACCUGUCGGUGCCACUCACAAGCUUGUUGCUUUUGCAUGGCCCUGUAAACACGUGGUGACAAUAAACGGAACACG